AGUCUUUUACACCUCUGUUAAGAAGACAUAGCAAGGAGUGAAAAAUAGCAUUUCAACAAUGAAGUCUUUAUUCGUCAGUUUCCUCUACUGCCUCUCCCUCUUGGUGGUUCAAGUUCAUGGAACUAAUUUCAGGUUUUACGGCUAUGAGCCACAGAGGAUUUCCCCAGCUAUCCCAUACAUCAGACCUGUCCAAGCAGCCCAGAGUGCCAUUAGUGCAACAGGGAUACAGUGCAAGAGCCGCCCCUUGGACCUGGUCUUAAUAAUCGACAGCUCCCGUAGUGUGCGUCCAGGGGAGUUUGAGAAAGUCAAGAUCUUCAUUUCAGACAUGAUCGAUACCUUGGACAUUGGCCAGGAUGCCACAAGAGUGGCAGUCAUAAACUAUGCCAGCACAGUCAACAUUGAGUUUCACCUCAAGACCUACUUUAACAAAGUAGACAUGAAGCAGGCUGUGUCCCGGAUCAAGCCCCUUUCCACGGGCACCAUGAGCGGCUUGGCCAUUUGGACUGCCAUGAACGAGGCUUACACAGAGAAGGCUGGAGCACGGCCGGCGUCCCAGAACAUCUCCAAGGUGGCCGUCAUUGUGACAGAUGGGCGGCCGCAGGACAAAGUCCAGGCGGUGUCAGCCCAGGCGAGGGCCUCUGGAAUAGAGAUCUAUGCCAUUGGUGUGGACCGGGCCGAUAUGCAGUCCCUGAGGCUGAUGGCCAGCACACCUCUGGAUGAGCACGUCUUCUAUGUGGAGACCUAUGGCCUGAUAGAGAAGUUCACCUCCCAGUUUAGGGAGACACUAUGUGGUCUGGAUAUCUGCUCCCUCGAAACCCACGGAUGUGAACAUAUUUGCGUGAGCACCACAGAUUCCUAUUACUGCAAGUGUCAGGAUGGGUAUAUCUUGAAUCAAGACAAGAAGACGUGCUCAAGUCUGGAUAUCUGCUCCCUCGAAGCCCAUGGAUGUGAACAUAUUUGCGUGAGCACCACAGAUUCCUAUUACUGCAAGUGUCAAGAUGGGUAUAUCUUGAAUGAAGACAAGAAAACGUGCUUAAAGGAAGUAACUGCACUCGUGACUGUUGACCCAUGCAAGUGCGAGUCUCUCAUGCAGUUCCAGAAGACAGUUCAGUCUGCCAUACAGUCCCUGACCAGCAGACAUAUCCUUUCAAUAUAUCUUUAUGUAUUCAUAAAUACGAGUCCAGCUAGAAACGCUGUAAGCAGACAAUAG